GAUUCUACAAAAGAAGCUCUCCUCAGCUGGUGUCCAUACUGUUGAAAAUUUUAAGAGAUGCAGCUGUCUUUGACUGGACCACACUCCUGGGCACUCCUGACACUGCUGUUGUCAAACCUGCUUCUGUGGGAGAAUGUGGCCUCUUUGCCCAUGUGUGAAGUAAUAAAUGGGCAAUGCCAGCUGACUCUUGAGAACUUGCUUAAUCAGGCAUAUGGGCUAUCUGAGAACACCAAUCAUCUCACGUCAGAAAUAUUCAAUGAGUUUGAUAAAGAAUACUCUUCAGUUUCAGGCUUCUCGGACACAAUCCCCCUGGUGUGCUCCAAUUAUUCCCUCCCUGUUUCAAAUAUCACAAUACAAGAACAAGAGAUUCAGUCUGAGGUCCUCUUGAAAGUGACCAUAGAUACGCUCCUUGGCUGGAACAACACCCUGAGUGAGGUAGCAGCAGAUAUGGAUGACCUGAAAUCAAUUCCUGGUGUUGGAGCUUUCAUAUCUAAUGUCAGAAAAAUAGCUGCAAAAUUCACAAGACUCACAACUGUACUAAAAGAAGUCAAGUCAUUGCUCAAACUGGCUCGUCUUGACCUUGAGGAAGAGGAGGACAACCCUGCCUCAGCUGGACUUCCAUCAUUGCAUCUGCUAAAUAAUCCCUCUCGCCUUACCUUCUAUCACGCCCUUCUGGGCUGUGUGAGUUAUGAUGCAGAAAAGAUUGCAAGUCAUGUGAAGAUCCUGAGGUGCAAAAUGAUCCAUGGAAAAUGCUAAGUCUCCAUCCUAUGUGUUCUGAAAUGCUCAGAACCAGAUGGGAUGGUAUACUGCAGUAGGGACCCAUUCCCCUUAAUGUUUUUGUUAAUUUUAUAACUUGUCAAUGUGUACUUAUGAAAUGUGUACUUGGGAUAUUAAAAACCAAUGCUUUAAAAA